AUGAUGAGAGAACAGACCGACAUGACCGACGGCUUUAUGUGUUCAUCGAGGCACGGGGGUGAGUCACAUCCAACUUCUCAACUCUGGGCUGUUACUGAGACUUUCUUAACUGAAAGAUCAAUAACUAAACUUGGCACGACACGGGACUCGAACCUAGCACAGCCGGAUGUCGUACAUGCUAGCCACUACACCACCGAGGCAAUGAGUAAGUAUCUCAAGAAAGAAAUACAACAUCAAAGUAAACUUGAAAUUGAUUUGAAGGAUAAAGACCAAUCAGUCUUCGUAAAUAUU